AGUGGUUGGAAAAAAUUUUGUAGAGCUUAGGUGACUCUACCUAUACCGAAAAAUAUACCAUAUGUCAUUAAUUUAUUUUACUGGUCUUCAUGUUUGAAAUCUUAAAGAAAGUUGUAAAAAAAAAAAACUUAGUUAGAAAAACUUUUUCCAAUCUGAAAUGGCAUGCAAGAAAACGAAAGCUGGCUGAAAAGAAUGUACUCUGUUUUCCGAUCACCAUAUCCAUGAACGCGCCCUCUCCAAACCUGCUUGGUUCUUUGCUGGAGUCAGCUGUUUCAACCCGCUCUUCCCUGCUUGGCCGUUCCGUCCACGCGCUCAUCCUCAGAACCCAUGACACCCCUCUCUCCUCCUUCCUCUGCAACCACCUCGUCAACUUGUACUCCAAACUCGACCGUAUCAACUCAGCUGAAAUCCUUCUGUCACUCACCAAUCCCCGCACCGUCGUCACCUGGACGUCUCUCAUCUCCGGCUGCGUUCACAACCGUCGUUUCACCUCCGCGCUCCUCUACUUCAGUAACAUGCGCCGCGAGUGUGUUCUCCCUAACGACUUUACGUUUCCCUGCGUCUUCAAAGCUUCGGCUUCGUUGCACAUGCCCUUUACUGGAAAACAGCUUCACGCCCUCGCUCUAAAAGGUGGAAAUAUAUUGGACGUGUUUGUGGGGUGCAGCGCCUUUGACAUGUACAGCAAAACCGGCCUUCGAGUCGAGGCUCGUAACAUGUUCGACGAAAUGCCGCACAGAAACUUGGCCACGUGGAAUGCGUAUAUUUCCAAUGCAGUUCAGGAUGGCCGGUGUUUGGAUGCAGUUUCCGCGUUUAAAAGGUUUCUUUGUGUGGGUGGAGAGCCCAAUGCGAUAACGUUUUGUGUGUUUCUCAAUGCGUGUGCUGACAUGGCGAGUUUAGAGCUCGGAAUUCAGUUACACGGAUUUAUAGUUCGGAGCCGGUACCGGGAGGAUGUCUCUGUUUCCAAUGGGCUUAUUGAUUUCUACGGAAAAUGUGGGGACGUGGUGUCAUCUGAAAUGGUUUUUAAUAGAAUUGGCAGUGGCAGGAGGAAUGUUGUUUCCUGGUGCUCUAUGCUCGCUGCUCUUGUGCAAAACCACGAGGAAGAGAGAGCGUGUAUGGUCUUCCUGAAGGCAAGGAAGGAGGUUGAGCCAACAGAUUUCAUGAUAUCGAGUGUACUCAGUGCGUGUGCGGAGCUUGGAGGGCUUGAACUGGGCAGGUCAGUUCAUGCUCUUGCUGUUAAAGCAUGUGUCGAGGAGAAUAUAUUUGUUGGGAGUGCACUUGUUGAUAUGUAUGGAAAAUGCGGAAGUAUAGAAAACGCAGAGCAAGUAUUCAAAGAAAUGCCCGAGAGGAACCUAGUCACUUGGAAUGCAAUGAUAGGUGGAUAUGCACAUUUGGGCGAUGUUGACAUGGCAUUGACUUUAUUUGAGGAGAUGACACUGGGCAGCUUUGGUAUAGCACCAAGUUAUGUUACACUAGUUUCUGUAUUGUCAGCAUGUAGUAGGGCAGGGGCAGUGGAGAGAGGUUUGCAUAUAUUUGAAUCCAUGAGAGGGAGAUAUGGAAUUAAACCAGGCGCUGAGCAUUAUGCAUGUAUUGUGGACCUUCUUGGGAGGUCUGGUUUGGUAGAUCGUGCAUAUGAAUUUAUUAAAAGAAUGCCAAUUCUUCCCACUAUAUCUGUAUGGGGAGCUCUACUCGGGUCUUGUAAGAUGCAUGGGAAAACAGAGUUGGGGAAAAUUGCAGCUGAAAAAUUAUUCCAGCUAGAUCCUGAUGACUCUGGCAACCAUGUAGUGUUUUCCAACAUGCUUGCAUCUGCUGGCAGAUGGGAAGAAGCCACUAUUGUCAGGAAGGAAAUGAGAGAUAUUGGAAUUAAAAAAAAUGUUGGUUAUAGUUGGGUUGCUGUAAAGAAUAGAGUCCAUGUUUUCCAAGCAAAGAAUAGUUCUCAUGAAAAGAACUCUGAAAUUCAGGCAAUGCUAGCUAAGCUCAGAGAGGAGAUGACGAAAGCUGGGUAUGUUCCUGAUACCAAACUAUCACUUUUUGAUUUAGAAGAAGAAGAAAAGGCUUCAGAAUUAUGGUACCACAGUGAGAAGAUUGCUCUAGCAUUUGGCCUCAUAGCUCUCCCUCAUGGAGUGCCCAUACGUAUUACAAAAAAUCUUAGGAUUUGUGGAGAUUGUCAUAAUGCCAUUAAGUUCAUCUCAAAAAUUGUUGGAAGAGAUAUUAUCGUGAGAGAUAAUAAUCGUUUUCAUCACUUUAAGGAUGGUUGGUGUUCUUGUAAAGAUUAUUGGUAAUAGUUCCAUACUCCCAUUAUUUUAUCUGUUUCAUAUGCGUCAAAGAAUGUUUUUGAAACAACACAUCAGGUUCUCUUUACCCAUGUUGAUGGUGAAUGCAGAUCAAUUGUUACUUUCACGGUGUAUCUGCCAUUUUCUAAUAAACUGUGCAGGGGUAUUGUACCAUUCUCUUAGUGUGUCCAUUCUGCACAGGUGCUUGUUCAGGGUGUUUAUAUGGUAGAGUUUGACAAGGGAUUCUGCAGAGUGAUCUAUGUAUGGGACAGGUUGAUUUGAUUUUGGUUGUGUUGUGCUAUAGUUGAUAUAUCUUCUGCCUUGGAUGGGGGCAUUACAUAUUUUUUGGUGGUUGAGGUGGGAAACAGACAAUUUUAUCCGAUUGUUACCAAUGUUGCUAUAAAUUUAGUGAUUCAGUUUAUAACUUGGUGUGGUUCAGGGCACACCUUAAUUUAGGGGUAGCAGUGUGGCUAUGAGUGGAUUGUAGGGUGUUCAACAUCUGAUGAUAUAUCAAAACAAGGUGUUCCCAUACAAGCAUGGGAAAUGCACAGGAAGUGUUGUAUGGGGUAACAUUGCAGCAGCUGCUCCAGAGCCUAAAAAGGACAUUUGAAUAAUGGAAGAAGCUGCUUCAGGGCACACUAAUAGCCCCAAAGGUCUUUAAGGUGUGUUCCACACAUCUGGAAAACCUAAAAGACCCUCUUUUUCACAAUGAAACAAGGAAAAUAAGUCAGACGUGUCAAAUUAGCAAAAGUGGUGACGCCCAACGCCUCAUGUUAUACACCGUGCGUGCACUCAGACGGAAGAAACUAGCUCUCUGUCCCACUGGCACUCAGCUUAGAUGACCACUAGGAGGUGGCACCCGGCUUGAGGUAAGUGGCGGCCAGCCUUGGGGACAAAUUUCCUCUCUACCUUCAUGGUGCUAAGCUUGAUUCAAGUACCGCCUAACAUAGGUAAUCUUUUGGAAAUCCUAAAUUUUACCUUUCUAUCUCUACUUUCACGAAUUUCAAUCUUGCUUCACUUGAUCCAAGUGCUUCCUGUUCAAUUUUAUUAUGAAUUUUCAUUUUAUAUAAUAUAUUAUUUAACUUGUUAAAUUUUAUUAAUCAUUUUA